AUGUCGUCCACGUCUUCCUCGCCGCCCACAGCGUCGAUGGGUAGUCCUUCGGCGUCUUCGGUGCCGCCGAAAAGAGAACACCCGCAGGAAAACUCCCUCGGAGAAACUCUCGGAGCUGCGAAGCAACGCACGGCUGCGCCGCCCCCCUCGUCUGCCGCCGCUGUCUCUGCUCCUCAGACGAAGCAGUUGCGGCGGACGUGUCCGUACUUGGGAACCAUCAAGAGACACCUUCUGGACUUUGACUUCGAGAAAGUCUGCUGUAUCUGUCUCUCUAAUCAACAUGUCUACGCAUGUCUCGUCUGUGCGCGCUACUUCCAAGGUCGAGGCAAGAACACAUAUGCCUAUAUGCAUGCGCUCCAGGAACAGCACUAUGUGUACCUCAAUCUGAAGGACUGCCGGGUGUACUGUCUUCCGGAGAACUACGAAGUGAAGGAUGCGUCUCUGGACGACAUCAUUUACAAUCUCCACCCGACCUACAGCACCGAGGAUGUUGCGCAGUUGUCGACGAGGAUCAUCUACGGAAAGGCCCUGGACGGCGCAGAUUAUAUCCCCGGAUGCGUCGGUCUGAACAACCUGAAACGUACAGACUUUUGCAACGCCAUCAUUCAAUCCCUUUGCGCGGUCAUCCCACUCCGGAACUGGUUGUUGCUCCUCGAUCUCUCUCACGUCCAAAACUACGACCCGGUGCUCCAGACGCUCGGCGAGUUGAUGCGCAAGAUUUUCAACGCGCGCAACUUCAAAGGCAUUGUCUCGCCUCACGAGUUCCUACAGGCUGUGGGCGUCGCCAGCAAGAAGAAAUUUCGGAUUGGAGAGCAGGCGGACCCGCUUCAGUUCUUCUGCUGGCUGAUGGCUCGCGUCCAUCAGUCAGCCAAGCACAAGAAAGUCAACUCGAAUGUCGUAAACGACUGCUUCCAAGGGGAAGUGGAAGUUCGAACGACAACCGCGGAGGGCGAGGCGACGGGGCAGCCGCCUUCGGUUUCGCGGAUACCCUUCCUAUUCCUCACUCUCGACCUACCCCAAGCUCCUAUCUUCAAGGACUCUCUGGACAGGAAUAUGAUUCCGCACAUCCCGAUUUUCGAUCUCCUUCAGAAGUUCAAUGGAGAGCAAAUUCAGGAGACGACUCCAGGAACGCUGAAGCGGUACAGUUUGUGGCGGCUACCCAAGUACCUCGUGCUGCAUGUGAAACGGUUCUCCAAGAACAACUUCUACGUCGAGAAGAAUCCGACAAUUGUCACCUUCCCCGUCAAGCACUUGGAUCUCCGAGACUACGUACACGAGGAUGCGCCAAUGGAGCUCAACCCGGUGACAAAGUACGACCUCGUCGCCAACAUCUGCCACCAAGGAAAACCCCACGACGGCCAGUACAAGGUCCACGUCUUGCAUGCGCCGACGAACGAGUGGUUCGAAAUCGAAGACCUUCGUGUGACGCAGGUUCUGCCUCAGUUCGUGGCGCUCUCCGAGUCGUACGUGCAAGUUUACCAGCGUCAAGAUGUCGCGCCGGACGGCUCUAUUGAUCAGGCUGCAGUCGAGGCAGCCCUUCAGGAACUGCAGAAAAAAGAGGCGAAGAGUGCCAUGGUGGACGACGACGAAGACAUCUUCGCGGCGGAUUCAGAGAAUGAAGAGGAGGAAGGGUCUGAGACGGAAGGAACAAAGGAGGAAAUAGAGACCAAGGAGGAACCCAGCAACUGA